AAUCGACAUAAUAACAAUAUUAUCUCGGGGCGUCGCCGCCGCCGUUCGGUGGCAAUAAAACCAUUAUUAUUAUGAAUAAUUAUGCGCGUUUUGUUUACAAUUAAUUAUAAUAAACUAAUCACGUAUAGUGUACACCCACGUUAUGAAAAACUCGUAGAAUACAGUAGUGCACUAUCGCGAUCGGUGAGCAAUUUACAAUUACGAAUCACAGGAUUCGUCCAUCGGUCGUCGGGACAACGGUUGGAAAAAAGGUAUUUCAUAGAUAACAAUCAAUAUUCAUCAUAAAUACCUACGUUUAUGUUCAACGAUAAUAUAGUGCACGUGAUUAACGCAUAAUUAUGAAGAUUGCUAUAAUCGGAGCAGGAGUUGCUGGUUUGGCUUCAGCUAGGAGAUGUUUGGAGAAUGGUUUUGAAUGUGUAGUAUUUGAGAGGACAAAGCGAGUAGGUGGAACUUGGGUAUAUGAUGAACGAAUCGGACUCGAUGAGUUUGGCUUGCCAAUUCACACGAGCAUGUAUAAGUGUCUGAUGACUAAUUUACCGAAAGAAUUAAUGAAUUAUCCAAACUUUCCAUACAAAGGUUUAGACAAUGUGUCAUUUUUAACUCCGUUCCAAGUUCAAGAAUAUAUUGAACAAUUUACUAAACAUUUUAAACUCAUUCAGCAUAUAAGAUUUUGUAGUUUGGUAACUUCAGUGGAAAGAUUAACGAACAUUUGGCAAGUGAUAGUUGAAGACUUGAUGACAAAAACAGCACGCAUCGAAUAUUUUGAUGCAGUUAUGGUGUGCAAUGGACACAACGCUGUACCUCGUAUACCAGAUGAUAAGCCAGGGAUGAAUGAAUUUGUUGGUAUACAGAUCCAUAGUCAUGAUUAUAGGGUGCCUGAACCUUUUAAAAAUAUGAAUGUUCUAAUAAUUGGUUCUGGUCCGUCAGGUGUUGAUAUUUCCGUUGAUGUUGCAAAAGUUGCUAAUCAGGUUUAUUUUAGUCAUAAUAAUCCAAAACUAUUGGAUAAAGAAUUUCCAGAUAAUAUUGCACAUAAACCAGCCAUUGAAUAUUUUACAGAAAAAACAGUUUGUUUUAUAGACAAAACUUCUGUUGCUUUGGAUGCAAUAAUUUACUGCACAGGAUUCAAAAUUGCAUUGCCUUUUUUAAAGCCAAGUUGUGGAAUCAACUUAAUAAAUGACGAAUUAAUCACAUCUCUUCAUAAAAAUAUCGUGAAUAUGAAUAAUCCUUCAAUGGGCUUUAUUGGCUUCAUCAACAUGAAUUUUGUGUUUCCGAUAUUUGAUCUUCAGGCCCGAUAUUACAUAGAAUUUCUACGUAACAAUUAUUCCGCAAACGAGAAUUGGAUGACAGCAGUUAACACACAUGUUGUGGGCCAUUAUUUACUCGAGUAUUGUAAAUCGUUAGCACUGGAAGAAAUUAAAAUCGAGCCAAUCCCAAUGAUCAUAUUUAGGACAUAUUGGGGAUGUCAGAAACUUAGAGAAGAGAACUUUGGAUCUUAUCGAUCAGCAGUAUUUAGGAUAAUCGACAGUAAUAAGUAUUUUAUUGAAUUCGACAAAAAUAAUGCAAAAAAUAAAUUUAAACAUACAGUUUAAUUA